GUGGAUGAUGGAAUUAUUGAAUUGAAUAGGCUGAAAGAUUGUCUUUAUUUAUAGAUUAUAUAUAUAAAAAGACACACAUCUUCUAUCUAUAUGUGAUCAACCAUUUGGCAUAUAUUUGUUGGCAGCAGCAACAUUCAUUUUGUUUUUAUUUUGUUUAACCAAUUCAAUCAAACAAACGAACAAAAUGUUCGACACUCGACAUUCAAAUUCUAGCUACAGUAGCUGCAGCAGCAACAGCAACAGUGUAAGAUGAGAUUUGUCAUCAUUCUGAUUCAUUGAAGAUUGAAGUUUUUGUGGCUAAUGUAACAAAUAAACAAAUAAAAUAAACAAAAAAAAAAAGUGUUUCAAGUGUCCGUUACCGUUUUUCAAGAGUUUAUUCCAGGCUGGACAAAGGACCACCACAAUGACCACAACAGAUGAUGGAUUCCUUCGUCACAAACAUUUGUUUACAUUUCUCAACUUUUGGGAUGAGAACCAUGAUGGCAUUCUUUCAUGGGAAGAUUUUCGUUUGCUUGCAGAAAAAUUCGCUAAAAUUCAACGACGUGGUCGUCAACCCGAAAAAGAGGUGGUCGAACGAUGGCAAUCAAUCUUUGAAAAAUGGUGGAACGAACUAACAUCCUAUGCCGAUUCGAACAAGGACAAAUAUGUCGAAUUUCACGAAUGGUUGGAUUUUUUCAAACAACUCGGCAAGAAUACCAAAUCGUUUGGCGAAUUGCCCGAAUUCUUGAAAAUCUAUUUACAACUCUUUUUCCUUUGUUGUGAUGCCAACAAGGAUGGCUUGUUCUGCAUCAAAGAUUACAAAAAAUAUAUCGCCAAUCUUAAGAUGGAUACAUCCAAAGCACAGGAACAUUUUGAUUACAUGCUGAUCGAUGAGGAUCGUACUAACAACGAGAAUGCUCUGAAUUCUGACCGAUUCAAAGCAACCGUUUACGACUUUUGGGUCUCAAUGGAUCCAAACAGCAAAGGCAAAUAUAUCUGCGGACCAUUUGAUUCAAUACCGAUCGAAGAAUUGGAGAAACGUGUAAAGAAAAAGCCAUAACAAUCAAUAACCAUAGAAUCCCUAUAGAUAAUAACUAGACUACAUCUGAAUUGUAUCGUAAACAGACAAGUAAAUUUUAUUAUUUUCAUUAUUAAAAAGCUACAUCAUAUAAUAA